AUGGCACCUUUUGUCUUCGCGCCUCAUGAUAUAUAUGUGACCCGAAAUUAUCCAGAUGAUAGUAGUAACUACAAGUCAUCCACCCACCAUGGCGGGUUCGAUUUGUUUCAAGCAAGAGAUGCCUCCAAGGAUCUGAUCUUCGAUAUUUUGAAGAAGAAGGUUUCAGAAAUCGAUGUCCAUAAUUGCCACCCUGGCGAGGAAGACCCCUUUUAUGUGGCGGAUUUGGGCCAAGUUUAUCGCCAGCACAUCCGCUGGAAGAAGAAUUUAGGACGUGUGAAACCGUUUUAUGCCGUCAAAUGCAACCCCGACCCUCAAAUCCUUCGCCUUAUGGUCCAACUGGGAAAUGGCUUCGACUGCGCAUCAAAAGCAGAGAUUGACUACGCUCUUGAUGUGGGCGUGGACCCAAGCCGCAUCAUCUAUGCCCAGCCGUGCAAGACGAAGUCCUUUCUCCGCUACGCUUCCCAAGUGGGAGUCAAGCAAAUGACAUUUGACAAUUCCGAUGAAUUGUACAAGAUCAAGGAAAUGUGCCCCGAUGCUGAGCUGUAUCUGCGCAUCUUGACGGACGAUUCUGCCAGCCUGUGCCGCCUGAGCAUGAAAUUCGGAGCCUCCCUCUCCGUUGCGCGCUCUCUACUCGAACUAGCCAAGGAACUCAAGCUCAAUGUCAUUGGCGUCAGCUUCCACGUUGGAUCAGGUGCUGAGGACCCCAAGUCGUUCGUUAAAGCGGUCGAAGACUCCCGUUUCGUUUUCGACCAGGCUGCUGAGGUUGGCUUCGAUCUCAAGGUCCUCGAUGUCGGUGGCGGGUUCUCCGAGGAUACCUUUGAGCGUUUUGCUGCUACUCUCAGUGAUGCUCUCGACGAGUAUUUCCCACCUCAUAUUCGUAUCAUUGCUGAACCUGGACGCUACUAUGUUGCAUCAGCAUUCACGUUGGCCGCCAAUGUAAUUGCUCGUCGUGACGUCAGCCUGGAGAUGUCUGACUCCGACUCUACAGCUGGUGCUACCGAGGCUUACAUGAUUUAUUUAAACGACGGUGUCUAUGGCAACUUCUCCAACAUAAUUUUUGACCACCAGCACCCCGUGCCUCAGAUAUUAACCAUGGAAAGCAGAGUCUGUGCACCAAUCGAGUACUCCAUAUGGGGCCCAACCUGUGAUGGCAUUGACCUGAUUUGCGAGCGUAUUGCCCUCCCUGGAGCUCUCGACGUCGGAAAUUGGCUUUAUUUCGAGAACAUGGGCGCAUAUACCAAGUGCAGCGCAACGCGUUUCAAUGGGUUCACCGAUAAGCAUGAGGUCAUAUACAUCUCAACCGAGCCAAGUGCCACCGCUUUGUUGGAACUCUCGAACGAACUUUGA